AUGGAACAACAAAUUAUUCUGCUUGUAAAAGCGAGUUACUACCCAAUUCUCUCAGUUGUUGGUGUCCCUGUGAACCUAAUUACAAUUUUAAUUCUGUCCCAAGGAAAGUGUGGUCUUUCCAAGUGUAUCUCUCUCUACAUGGUGGCAAUGGCAACGGCAAAUCUACUGGUCUUGACCAACAAUGUAAUGGUGUAUUAUAUUUUCAGUUAUCAUUUUCCACAUUCAUUCCUGUCUCACACUCCUGUGUGUACAUUCAUUUUGUAUAUGACUGUUGUCAGUCUUGAUUUAACGGUUUGGUUCACUGUGUCCUUCACAUUUGACCGUUUUAUAAUUAUCAGCCACCAGAGGUUUAAAGAAAAAUACUGCACCAAAAGGACAGCAUCUGUGGUUAUAACAAUGUUCUCUAUCCUAAUCUUUAUAAAGAAUAUUUCUGUUUGGUUUGCAUAUAAACAUGAACACAUAAUUAACAAAAUGCGGUGGGGCUGUGGGGGAAGUUUGGCAUUUUUUUCCUCAAACUUUGGUGUAGCGUCCGUCUGGUUUCACAGCAUUUGGCGUGUCUGGCUCCCAUUCACUUUAAUCAUUUUGUUAAAUUCUUUGACAGUGAGAUGUAUUCUAGUGGCCACUAGAACUCGUAGAGCCCUUCGGGGCCACCCACGUGAGAAUGAGAGAGAUUCAGAGAUGGAGAACCGAAGGAAGUCUAUCAUUUUACUCUUCAUUAUAUCGGGCAGUUUUAUAUUGUUGUGGCUGACAGCAAAUGUGAGCUUUGUAACGACAAGACUAACAAACACAACUUACUAUCGAGGAGACCGUACAUCUCCUGCGUACAUCGCCACUGAGUCUGGAACGAUGAUAAAAUAUUUGAAUUCCUGCACAAACACAUGGAUUUAUGCAGCUACCCAGAGAAAUUUCAGGGAAGAGUUUAAGAAGGUUCUGAAAUUUCCCUGGGCACUAAUUGAAAGAUUGUUGAAAAAUGAACAGAAUAAAUCUAGACCUUGUUAA